AUGGAAAUUUUGAGGUACAAAUAUAUUUUCCUGUCAACACUACUUUUUAUAAGCGGCACUUGUAAUGGAAAUACAAAAACAAGCCUAACAACGACCACACCGAAGUGCCCUUUCACAAAAAUUGUAGAAGAUAUAUUUCAAGUCAACAAUAAAACUUCAAGCGUAGACACACAAGCAAGGAAUCAAAAUAAAGAAAGAGUAAAAUUGUUCUUGAACACAAUAGCAAACGUCACAAACGAAAAUAUAAGUAGGAAAGAAGAAGACCUCAUCAAUAUAAUCAUAGCUUCAAUAAAUAGAAUCAAAAAUAAUAUUAUAAAUGCUCCCGAAGAACUCAAUGAAGCCAUCAUUAUAAAUCCUAAACUUAAUAAUAAUACUAAGAAAAUAACACAAAUUAAAAGUGGUGUUGAAGAAAAAACUGAUGUAGCCCGAACAAAGAAGCAAACAACUAAAAGUAUAGAAAUAACUGAAAUCUCAACUACAACAGAGACACCAAAAUAUGUUGAAGUUCUAACAAUACCUCAUACAAAAGAAAACACCACUUCAGCUAAUAUUAUUGAAGUUUUAAAACAUUUGAUGCCCUUGUUCAAUGGUACUUCGCCUAAAGAAAUACACAAUGUAACUAUUAUAGAAAAAGGGGCCAAUAAUAAUAAUUCUUUUUCUGCUACCAAGAAUUUUUCAACAAUUAUAGUGGCUUAUUGUGACAAUAACAACUCGAGUGAAGCAAAAACUACCUUCAAUAAAACACACGAUGAAAAACAUGAUGAAGAUGAUCCUGAUGAAGAUUAUUACGUGGACGAUGAUGUCUUGGAAACUGUAGAAGGUGAAGAUGAUGAAGCGUUAAACAUAACACUUGGUGAAAAGAGAGAGAUAAUGGAAGCUGCUGAGUAUGGAAUGCAGAAAAUGCAUGAAUUGUAUACUGUCUUGGAGCCAAAGUUGUAUUCUAUGGGACUUUGGCUGGAUGACACAAGUCCAGCGCGGUACGUAGCCGCUUUCAACGCACCUUCGGAAGAAGCGGCAAAGUUUUCCAGAUACGGUUAUGCGGCACUGCAGGCUGCAACCAAACUAAAACAGUUAACGAGGUCAGUGUUAUUUAUGUUUGACAGACACCGCUAG